GUUCUGAAGCCCUGCCCCGCAUAAGGGAGGCGUGUCGAAUCGAAGCCGGAAGUAGAUUCCGGUGCAAAUCAAACUCUUGCGACUAGUCCCCGCUGUGCUGCUUCUCUCUAUGCCUCGCCCCUCCUUGCGUGCUGCUCUUGCGCCAUGGAGUCUCCCGGGCGCGCGCCCAUUGGAGUCACUAGGAUCCUGACGGACACAGACUGGUCUGAACCAUGGAUCUUAGGACUCAUAUUUUUCCACAUAGCCUGCCUUUUUCUCACUUAUUUUUCUUUCUGGCAUUACCGCCUGCAAAUAGGGCAGUUUCUUUCUCUCAUGAUUCUAGUAUUCUGUGCAGAAUAUAUAAAUGAAAUGGCUGCUGCAAACUGGAGAUUGUUCUCAAAGCACCAAUACUUUGAUUCCAGAGGAAUGUUUAUUUCCUUAGUGUUCUCAGCACCAUUACUGCUGAAUGCUAUCAUUAUUGUGAUUGCUUGGGUUUAUAAAACAGUGAAUGUCAUGACAGAACUAAAGACUAUACAGCAGAAAAGAAAAGCAAGAAGAGAAAAUAAGAAAAGUCAAUGAAUAAUUCUUUUUUAAUUUGUAGUUCUCUUUACCUGAGAGCUGCCAUGUUGUUCUUAACAAUGUAAUGUUAAGAGCUCUUUUCUUAUCAGUACUGUCUUGUUAUCUUUCUUGUUUAUUUCCUAUUUCAAACAAAACUGCCCAUUCUUGUUUUGGAUGUGCAUGUCUCACUCAACACAUGUGUCAGUAUGUAAACUGAAGCAGUUGUAAACCGUUUUAUUUGAUUAAUGUUGUGCUGUACAUAAAUAAAAUGUAUUUCUAUAGA